AUGGGGCCACAGCNCAACCUGCGCACGGUGCCCGUCAUCCCCGCGCGCAUCCACUACCUGUACCUGCAGAACAACUUCAUCGCCGACCUGCCCGAGGAGUCCUUCCGCAACGCCACCGGCCUCAAGUGGGUCAACCUGGACAACAACCGCAUCCGCAAGGUGGACAGGAAGGUGCUGGAGAAGCUGGAGAACCUCAUCUUCCUCUACAUGGAGAGGAACCAGCUGAAGGAGGUGCCCUCCUUCCUGCCGCCCAACCUGGAGCAGCUGAGGCUCAGCAGGAAUCAGAUCUCCAAGAUCCCUCCUGGGGUCUUCAACAAGCUGGAGAACCUGGUGCUGCUGGACCUGCACCACAACAAGCUGAGCGACGGCGUCUUCAACAAGAACACCUUCAAGGGGCUCAAGAACCUCAUGCAGCUCAACCUGGCCCACAACAUCCUGAGGAAGAUGCCCCCCGGCGUGCCCAGCGCCAUCCACCAGCUCUUCCUGGACAGGAACAACAUCGAGGACAUCCCCAGCGAUUAUUUCAAGGAGUUUCCCAACCUGGCUUUCAUCCGGCUCAACUACAACCAGAUCUCGGAUAAGGGGCUGCCCAAAAAUUCCUUCAACCUCACCAACCUGCUGGUGCUGCACCUGGCCCACAACAAGCUCACCAAUGUGCCCUUCAUCAGCCCCAAGCUGGAGCACCUCUACCUGAACAACAACUCCAUCGAGAGUGAGUCCCAGGGGUUUUUUGGGGAGGAAAACCUUGGAAAAGUCGUUUAUCACCCGGUGGGAUGUGAUGCCUUCAAAGGGGUGGGAUGA